AUGAUCAAAGAUUGGGUCGAGUCACAGGACAGUGACAGUGACAAAGUCCAAUCUACAGCGGCUUCUGAGUCUUUCGUUGAACCAGGCAAAAUGAAGGUGAUUUAUUUCAGUAACGAGUUUCCUUCCGACGAUACAAGAGAUCUCUUGCGUCGCCUACGUGUCCACAGCAAGGAUAAACGCCAUCCUACAUUGGCCAGGUUCAUAGCUGAGGCGACAGCGGCGCUUCGUGACGAAGUAGCUGCUUUACCAAGUUCUCUGAGGGCCACGGUCCCCAAAUUUGACAGCAUAUUCAGCCUUGAAGAGCAAACUGCACUGAGGCAAGGCCCACUAGGUGGUGCCAUUGAUGGGGUGCUCUUGUGUGCUCUUCAGAUCGCUACGUUGAUUGGUUACUAUGAAAAUGGGAAACAAGAAGCAUUUGAUCUUUCUGCUGUUGAUACCUGCCUCACUGGCUUGGGUACUGGCCUCUUAUCGACCGUUGCCCUUUCUCUGUCUUCGAACUUGGCAGACUUGCCAACUACCGGCGCGCUUGUAGUGACAAUCGCCUUCCGACUUGGUGUACAUGUCGACAGUGUAUCACAGAACUUACAACCUCGUUUGGUUAAAGCCGACUCAGGUCCAGGCGACAGUUGGGCUUAUGUUAUUCCUGACGUCUCUCCCGAGGAGAUUCAGAAAGAGCUUGAUACGAUCCAACGAAGUGAUAAAACACCCGAGCCCAGCAAAAUCUUCAUAAGCGCUUUGAGCCGAACUUCCGUGACCGUCAGUGGUCCGCCGGCUAGACUAAAGCACCUCUUUCUAGCAUCUGCGUUCUUUCGAGAUCGUAAGUAUGUAGCCUUGCCAGUAUAUGCGGGUCUAUGUCAUGCUGGACAUAUCUACAACGCACAGCACGUGGAACAGAUCGUCUCGAGCAGUUAUAUGGAUGUUAUCGAUGCCAAGUAUAUGCCUCGUGUCAAGGUUCUCUCGACUAGCUCGGGUCGCCCAUACAGCGGCAUGACAGCUAAGACUUUAUUUGGCAAUAUCAUUGAGGAGAUCUUGACCAAGGCCAUCAAGUGGGAUGCUGUCGUCAGCGGUAUAGUCCAGAGAGCCAAGGAUACUGCCGCUGUCGAAUGCGAGGUUCACCUUUUCCGAAACUCCCUGCCAUCACAUGAGCUCUUAGCAGCUUUGGGCAAUGACUUGACACAAAUCAAGGCAUCAACUAAGGACCUUGUAUCAUGGAUUGCUAAGCCAGAAUUACCUCCAGCAGGGCCUAGUGGAACCGCCCAUUCUAAGAUCGCUAUUGUGGGCAUGGCAUGCAGGUUACCUGGCGGAGCAACUGACCCCGAGAAAUUCUGGGAAGUGUUGGACAAAGGCCUUGAUGUCCAUCAGAGAAUUCCCGCUGAUCGUUUUGACGUCGAUACUCAUUAUGAUCCAAACGGCAAGAGAAUGAACGCUAGUUGGACACAGUACGGCUGUUUUAUUGACGAGCCUGGUUUGUUCGACGCCCCAUUUUUCAACAUGUCACCUCGAGAGGCCCUACAAACCGACCCAAUGCAACGUUUAGCUCUUGUGACUGCAUAUGAGGCACUUGAGAAGGCUGGUGUUGUCCCAAAUCGAACUGCAGCGACCGAUGCUCGUCGAAUCGGAACCUAUUAUGGACAAGCUAGUGAUGACUACAGAGAGGUUAAUACCGCUCAAGAAAUUAGUACCUACUUCAUCACUGGAGGCUGUCGUGCAUUUGGUCCAGGGCGCAUUAACUACUUUUUCAAGUUUGCAGGACCAAGUUACAGCGUGGACACAGCGUGUUCUUCCGGACUGGCUGCAAUCCAAGUCGCCUGUACCUCACUGUUGGCAGGAGAAGUCGACACGGCUGUUGCUGGUGGUGUGAAUGUGUUGACUAAUUGCGAUGCCUUUGCUGGUCUAUCUAAUGGUCACUUCUUGACUAAGACUCCCAAUGCAUGCAAAACAUGGGAUGUUAAUGCCGAUGGGUACUGCCGUGCCGACGGUAUUGCCUCAUUUGUCUUGAAGCGCCUCGAGGAUGCUGAAGCAGAUAACGACAAUAUCCUGGGCGUUAUUCUAGGCGCGGCAACAAACCAUUCUGCGGAUGCGAUCUCAAUCACACAUCCACAUGCAGGCGCACAGGCUUUCCUUACGAGCCAGGUGGUCCGUCAAGCUGGAGUUGAUCCCCUGGACGUCAGUUACAUUGAGAUGCACGGUACUGGCACUCAAGCUGGUGAUGCCCAAGAAAUACUGUCUGUGACUGAGGUCUUCGCACCUCUUACUAGACGUCGCACGUCCAAGCAACCGCUAUAUAUCGGUUCCGUCAAAUCGAACGUAGGCCACGGUGAAGCCGUGUCGGGCCCAACCGCUUUGAUCAAAUUGAUGCUCAUGUUCCAGAAAGAGGCUAUCCCGCGUCAUGUUGGCAUCAAGACAAGCAUCAACCCUGGGUUCCCGAAAGAUCUUGAUAAGAGAAACCUGCGUAUCCCUUAUGAGAAAACGCCUUGGCCAAGAGUCCCUGGACAGAAGCGCAUCGCUGUCGUUAACAACUUCAGCGCUGCAGGUGGCAACAGCACCCUCCUUGUGGAAGAGCCACCUGUUCGUGAUCCGGUUCAAGAAACAAUUCCUCUUCCAAGCCAUGUCGUUACAGUCUCGGCGAAAAGCAAAGUUUCCCUCAAGGGCAAUUUAGAACGAAUGAUUGCUUAUUUAGAGGCAAAUCCAGACAUUUCUUUGGCCAACGUCGCCUAUUCAUCUACUGUCCGCAGGCGUCAUUACAAUCAUCGAGUCACUGUGGCUGCAUCUGAUGCUGCACAACUCAAGAAGCAACUUGGCUCAUAUCUCGAAUCUGUUGACUCUCAUAAACCCAUUCCCGCAACUGGUCCACCUCCUGUUGUCUUUGCAUUCACUGGACAAGGAGCAUCGCUUCCAUCAAUGAACCUGGAACUCUUCCAACAUUGUCCUACUUUCAGGUCAGAGUUGGUCAUUCUAGAUUCAUUAGCCCAAGAGCAGGGAUUCGGUUCUUUUCUCCCCGUUGUUGACGGUAGUCACGAAGAAUCUUAUAGACAUUCGCCAACGGCAACCCAGGUUGCUCUGGUAUGUGUUGAAAUUGCUCUAGCGAAAUAUUGGCAGUCUCUUGGUGUCAAACCCGAUGUUGUCGUUGGACACAGUCUAGGAGAGUAUGCUGCCCUCUACGUAGCUGGUGUGCUAUCUGCCAGUGACGCAAUUUCAAUGGUCGGACGGCGAGCAGCACUUCUGGAAAAGAAAUGUGAAAUCGGAGGUUAUCAAAUGCUCGCAGUACGGGCCUCAUUGAAUGAGAUAGAAGCCGCUCUAAAAGACAGGCAUUUUGAAGUUUCCUGCGUCAAUGGACCGCGAGACACAGUGUUGAGUGGAACGAAGGAAGAGUGCGCUGUUUUGAGCGAAAUCCUCCAGGGCGCUGGCCACAGAUGCAUGAGUCUGGACAUUGCUUUUGCUUUCCACUCUUCCCAGACAGAUCCUAUCCUGGAAGAAUUUGAGGAAACCACCAAGUCAAGCAUCCUUUUCCAGCCACCGAAUAUCCCCAUCAUCUCGCCACUUCUGGGCAAAGUCAUCUUCGAUGAAAAGACAAUUAACGCCAACUAUCUCUGCCGGGCCACGAGGGAGUGCGUUCAAUAUGUCAGCGCGAUUGAGGCCGCGCAAAGGAUGUGCAUCAUUGAUGAGACAAUGGCAUGGAUUGAAAUCGGCCCUCAUCCGGUGUCAAUCCAGUUUGCUAAGUCGAUUCUCCCAGAAAUGCAUGUCGCAGUUCCAUCAAUUCGCAGGGGUGAAGACAAUUUGAAGACUAUUGCUCAAAGCUUGGCUCUUUUGCACAACGCUGGUGUGGAAUUGAACUGGAAUGAGUUUUACCAACCAUUCGAGGAGAACCUUCGUCUCGAGAACUUGCCUGGAUAUGCAUGGAACGACAAAACUCACUGGAUUCAAUACAAUGGAGACUGGGCACUUACUAAAGGUAAUACCUUUUAUGAUGCUGAGAAGGCCGCUACAACCACUGGUACUCUGGCCCACAGAAACUCCGCGAUCAAGACGUCAACGGUUCAACAGAUCAUUGAGGAGACGUUCUCUGAAACUUCCUCAACAGUCGUCAUGCGGUCCAAUCUCAUGGAAGAGGACUUCAAGGCUGCUGCGUAUGGUCAUCGGAUGAAUGACUGUGGAGUAGUAACCUCUUCUAUCCAUGCGGAUAUUGCUUAUACGCUUUGCGAGUACAUCUUGAAGAAAUUGCGUCCAAAGUCACAGAAUAUUGGGAUGAACAUUACCAAUCUUGAGGUGCUCAAAGGCCUCGUUGCACAGAAGAAUGCGGACAAACCGCAGUUCAUUCAAGUUUCCGCUACGGUACAAGACAUCAACCUGGGAGUCGCACACCUUUUGUGGCAUAAUAUCUCUGCUACCGGGGAAGUCGAGGAACCUUUCGCCAGUGCCGACAUACUGUAUGGCUCCACGGAUGACUGGCUCAAUGGCUGGGUACCUGCAACACAUCUUGUUCAAGGCCGUAUCGAGGCUCUCGAGCAGCUUGCAGAGAAAGGCAUCGCCAACAGACUCUCUCACAACAUGGCAUACCUACUGUUUGCGAACAACCUAGUUGACUACGCUCAAAAAUACCGUGGAAUGCAGUCCGUUGUGAUGCAUGAACUCGAGGCCUUCGCUGACAUUACGUUGACAACCGAAAAGGGUGGCGUUUGGACUGUUCCUCCAUAUUUCAUCGACAGCGUAGCUCACCUUGCUGGGUUUGUCAUGAACGUCUCCGACGCCGUUGAUACACAACAGAAUUUCUGCGUUACACCCGGCUGGAGCUCCAUGCGUUUUGCCAAACCCCUUGUCGCGGGUCAGAAGUAUCGCUCCUAUGUCAAGAUGAUCCCAACUGCGGAAGAUCCCUCUGUUUACCUUGGUGAUGUGUACAUCCUUCAGGAUAACAUUAUCAUCGGUGAAGUUGGUGCCAUCAAAUUCCGCCGGUACCCUCGUAUCCUUCUCAAUCGCUUCUUCUCGGCUCCGGGGGGCGACCAUGAGUCUAAGCAAGUCUCAUCAUCGAUUACUAUUACAAAAUCUGUUCCCAGCAAGCCGGCUGUUGUUAAGGCUCCAGCACCAACUGCAGUGAUUGCUGCCCCAACAGUUCUACCGACCGAGCCAGUCGUAGUCGCCAAACCAGUCGCAGUCGUCAAACCCGUUGCAGAGGUGAAUCCCACUGUUGAAGUGGAUUCGGAUAGCACUGCCGCAAAAGCAAUGGCCAUAGUGGCUGCUGAGGGUGCGUUGGAGCUUUCUGAUCUUCCAGAUGAUGCGAUUUUUGCCAAUCUUGGCGUUGACAGCCUUAUGAGUUUGGUCAUUGCUGAGAAGUUCCGUGAUCAGCUGGGUGUAACGGUCAACGGUAGCCUGUUCUUGGAAUAUCCAACCGUGGGCGACUUGAAGGCUUGGUUGAUGGAGUAUUACAGUUAA